UCUGCUACAUAAAUUUUGUCCAUUUUCAAAGUCAAUUAGUAAUAGAAAAUACAGAAUCGUAAUUGCUCUUGAAACCGGUCUCCACAUUCGUAUAGCAAACGAUCAUAUAUCUUAUUCUACAUCUAUAAAUGUACACCCACAUGGUGCCUUCAAACACAGGUAAUUCGAUCUGAGCUAACAAUUCAGUGCUGGUUUCAAUUUGUUUUUCUUAGGACAAAAAAUUAUCUGCUGGUUUAGAAUAUGGGAUUUCUUUUCUGGGCUGUAACUGUGGUUUCAGCUGGUUUAGCAAUUAUUCUACUGGAAGUUGCAAAGGUCAUAUGGUUUAAACCACUGCAUUUUAAAAAGCUCUUUGAAGCUCAAGGGAUUCAAGGCCCUUCUUACAAGAUUAUCUAUGGGAAUGCUCCUGAUACUGUUAAAAUGGCCAGACAGGAGAGUUCUAAUACAAAGUCACUGUCAGGACACAACAUAGUUCCUCGAGUUCUUCCAGCUUUUCAUCAAUGGAGCAAAACCUAUGGGCAGGUGUAUGUUUACUGGUUUGGGAAUAAGCCCAGGCUUUAUGUUCCUGAUCCUCAGCUUGUGAGAGAGAUACUAUCCAACAAGUUUGGGAACUACAAAAGAGUUCCAAGUAACCCUAAGCCAUUGAAACAUCGGGGACUUGUAGAGUUAGAGGGUGAAAAAUGGGUGCAGCAUAAGAAAAUCAUUAAUCCUUCUUUUCAUAUGGAUGUCUUAAAGGGCAUGAUUCCUCAAAUUGCAGAGUGUGGGACCAAUAUGAUCAAAGAAUGGAGGAAAUUGGUAUCUUCAGGUGCCAAUGAAAUUAAUGUUUUGAAAGAGUUUUCUUGUCUUACAUCAGAUGUUAUUUCACACACAGCAUUUGGAAGCAGUUAUGCAGAGGGAAAAUACAUGUUCCAUUUACUAUCCCAGAGAAUGCUGCUCAUAUUUGAAAGUUCUCGUAGUUUCAAUAUUCCGGGUUCCAGGUUUCUUCCUACGAAAAAGAACAUGCAACAAUGGUGGUUGACAAAAGAGAUCAGUAACUGUGCAAGACAGGUGAUUGAAAGCAGGGAGAGGACUGUUCGGGUUGGAAAGUCAGCGGACUACGGUACUGAUUUACUUGGACUAAUGAUGAAUGCCAACAAGGAACAAGGAGAAAAAGGGCAGAAGAACAUUGACAUGACAACAGAUGAAAUAAUUGCUGAAUGCAGAACUUUCUAUACAGCUGGAGAGGCAACUACAACAAUCCUCUUGACAUGGACCAUGAUCUUGUUGGGAAUGCAUCAGGACUGGCAAGAACAAGCACGUAAGGAGGUCUUCGAAGUGUGUGGAAAGAACGAUUUUCCAAAUGCAGACACUGUGAAUGGCCUAAAGAUUAUGGGGAUGAUUUUCAAUGAAUCCUUGAGACUUUAUCCACCUGUGAUAGCGCUGGUCCGACAAACGGAUAAGCCAGUAAAGCUUGGCAGAUUCUCAAUUCCUGCAGGUACUGAACUUCAUAUUCCAAUCCUUGCAAUGCACCAUGACCCAUCUUUAUGGGGAGACAACGCGGACGAAUUCAACCCAGAGCGGUUCAGAGAAGGAAUUUCAAAAGCUGCCAAGCAUCCAAAUGCAUUCAUGCCAUUUUCAUUAGGCCCCAAGAUGUGCAUUGGUCAAAACUUUGCACUACUAGAGGCCAAAGUGGUACUGGCCAUGAUUCUGCAACGGUUUUCCUUCGUAAUUUCACCUAAUUAUAUCCACGCACCAGUACAUUCGGCCAUGCUUAAACCCCAAUAUGGAGCUCAGGUCAUUCUCCACAUGAUUUGAAUUGAAAAUAAUGAAGAGGUGUGAGUAAAUUUUUGACAUUCCGAAAUCUUGAACUUGCGACAAUUUAGAUCGUGUGUUGUGAAAAUGUAGUACGUAAACAAAGAUCUGUUUGGUAUACAGCGUGAUACAUUUCUUUUAAAUUAUAGGGUAUGAAUUUUGAUUUUAUUAAAACGUGAAUUGGAUCCAUAUCCACUGUUAAUAUUGUAUUACCUAUCAGAUUUCAAUAAAUUGAUCAUCACAAGGCAAAUGGCAACCUUGUCAUUUGGUCAUUUUCACCAUACAAUCUUAAUCUCAAUGUUUAAUAUUCAGAUUGAAA